AUGGUGCUCUCGUUCAUCCUCAUACAGAACCGGCAGGGAAAGACACGGCUAGCCAAGUGGUAUGCGCCGUAUAGUGAUGAUGAGAAGGUUAAGCUGAAAGGCGAGGUUCAUCGCCUCAUUGCACCGCGAGACCAAAAACACCAGUCCAACUUUGUCGAGUUCCGCAACAUGUCCAAGAUCGUGUACCGUCGAUAUGCCGGUCUCUUCUUCUGCGCGUGUGUUGAUACAAACGAUAACGAGUUGGCGUACUUGGAGGCUAUACAUUUCUUCGUCGAGGUGCUAGAUGCAUUCUUUGGAAAUGUGUGUGAGCUGGACUUAGUGUUCAACUUUUACAAGGUCUAUGCGAUCCUCGACGAGGUUUUCCUUGCGGGCGAGAUUGAAGAGACGAGUAAACAGGUCGUGUUGACACGGCUGGCGCAUCUCGAUAAGCUGGAAUAA